AUGUCUCCCGGCGGCGAACGACUCAAAGAUGAAGGCACGCGGACGCAGGUCGUCAUCGCUGGCGGUAUAGCCGGACUUGUCUCGAGAUUCUGCGUCGCACCCCUCGAUGUCGUCAAAAUCCGUCUUCAGCUGCAGGUCCACUCUCUCUCCGAUCCAACCUCACAUUAUGGACUCAAGGGGCCGGUAUACAAGGGCACGCUUCGGACGAUGCAGGCCAUCGUUAAACAAGAAGGAAUAGCCGGUCUAUGGAAAGGCAACAUCUCCGCUGAAUUACUCUACGUCUGCUACGGCGGCCUCCAAUUCACAACAUACCGCACAACAACCCAAUUACUCCAAGAACUACCCACACGACUCCCGCCCACCGCUGAGUCGUUUAUUUCUGGUGCCGUGGCUGGCGGUAUAGCGACGGCAACUACAUAUCCACUCGACUUACUCCGCACCCGAUUCGCCGCGCAGGGAAACGAGAAGAUCUAUACUUCCAUCGUCGACUCAAUUCGCGAUAUAAACCGUACAGAAGGGCCACGGGGUUUCUUUCGCGGGUGUUCCGCGGCUGUCGCGCAGAUUGUGCCGUAUAUGGGCCUCUUUUUCGCGGCGUAUGAAACCCUUCGGUUACCGCUAGGCGAAAUGUCGUCUCUUCUACCGUUCGGGUCUAGCGAUGCCGCUGCCGGCGUGUUCGCAAGCAUAAUCGCGAAGACGGGCGUGUUUCCACUUGACCUCGUACGGAAGAGAUUACAGGUGCAAGGUCCGCAUCGGGCGCGAUAUGUGCAUACAAAUAUUCCGGAGUAUAAUGGUGUCAUCAAAACGAUUCGGCUUAUUCUGAAAACGCAAGGAGUGAGGGGGUUGUAUCGUGGGCUGACGGUUAGUUUGCUCAAGGCUGCGCCUGCAAGUGCGGUUACGAUGUGGACGUAUGAGAGGGCACUGAAUAUCAUGCGUGCGAGGGAGUAG